AUGGCAGCCGUCGCCUUGUCUCCGCCGAUUGCCAUCACGUCGGUCUCAGGAGUCUUGAGCCUGCUGGAAGAGCAAGAAAACCAGCUGCAAUGUGCUGCACUACAGCGAUUGAAUGAGGUGGUAGACCAGUUCUGGCACGAAAUUGCAGACUACCUCAAUGAAAUAGAGACUUUGUACGAGGAUCCGGCCUUCUCUGGUCGUGAAAUGGCUGCCCUGGUGGCUUCCAAGGUCUUCUACCACUUAGAAGAGUACGACGAUGCCUUAAGAUUGGCCUUGGGUGCAGGACAACUCUUCGAUCUCUCACAGCGGACUGAAUACGUGGAGAAGAUUGUGGCCGUGGCCAUUGAUGAAUAUGUGAAGCUCCGAGCAGAGAAUUUUGAGCUGGAGAUGAAGAAGAAGGAUCCCGUGCCGAUUGACUCCAGACUGGAGGAUGUCGUGAACCGCAUGUUCUUGCGCUGCCUGGAGGACAAGGCCUUCAAGCAGGGUCUAGGGAUGGCGCUGGAGACUCGCCGGAUCGACAAGGUGACCGAGUUCGUGAUGAAAAGCGAGAACCUCUCUGAGAUGCUCGAGUAUGCGCAGCUUAGUGCCAUGACACUCCUGACUUCAAAAGCCUUUAGAGAGCGUGUUCUGCAGGCCCUCGUAGAGAUCCACACCUCUGUGAAGGAUGUAAAUCUCAGUGCACUGGCACAGUGCUACUUCAUCUUAGGAGAGCCAGAAGAGGUGGCAAAGAUUCUGAAGGAGCUUCUUGCGAAGCCAGACAAGGACGGGCGCUUGCUGGCAUGUCAGAUUGGCUUUGAUAUUGUGGACAAUGAGAGCCAGCACUUCUGCAAUGCCUUAUUGUCCUCCCCGCUCCUGAAAAUCAAGGAACCUCCUCCACCCCCUCCAGCACCUGUUGAAGCUGCAGAAGCUGCUGCAGCACCUGCAGAAGGUGCGCCCGCUGCCGACGCAUCUGCUGAGCCUGCGCCAGCUGCACCAGCUGCACCAGCUGCAGAAGCACCUGCAGAGCCCGUGCCAGAAGAGGGCCCGGAGAUGACAGAUCAGGAAAAGGAGGACCUGACUCUGAUUCGGAAGAUCCUCUCCGGCCGAUCCUCGAUUGACUUGCAGAUGGAAUUCCUGUACCGGAACAACCGGUCCGAUCUCCUCCUUUUAGACACCAUCAAGAAUUCGAUUGAUACCAAGAACUCCAUCACUCACAGUGGCACUGUCAUGGCACAUGGCCUGAUGCAAUGUGGAACCACGAGUGACGUGUUUCUUCGCAAAAACCUGGAAUGGCUGGCCAAGGCUUCCAACUGGGCCAAAUUCAGCGCGACGGCCUCCUUAGGUGUCAUUCACAAGGGACACAUCAAGGAAUCAAGGUCAAUCCUGAGCACAUACCUGCCGCAACAAGGAGGCACCCGAAGCAGCCCAUAUUCUGAAGGUGGUGCACUCUAUGGAAUGGGCCUGAUUCAUGCGAACCACUAUGAUCAAGAAACGAAGGCCUAUUUGUUGGAACAGUUGCACAACGCCCAGGCGACAGAGGUCUUGCAACAUGGUGCUUGUUUGGGCCUUGGCCUUCUUUGCAUGGCAACAGCCGAUGAGCGAAUCUAUGAUGAGCUCACACAGACUUUGUACACAGACACAGCUGUCGCUGGCGAAGCUGCAGCAUAUGCCAUUGGUCUGGUCAUGGUUGGAUCUGCAUCGCAGAAGGCCAUUGACGAGCUUCGGGCAUAUGCCCACGACACGCAGCACGAGAAGAUCAUCCGCGCUUGUGCCCUUGCAUUGGCGAUGAUGAUGUUCCGAAAGGAGGAAGAGGCGGAGCCCUUGAUCCAGGAGAUGCUCUUGGACAAGGACGCGAUUCUUCGCUAUGGUGGGUGCUUCGCUAUUGCUCUUGCCUACGUGGGCACCUCGCAGAACGCAGCCAUCCGAAAGCUUUUGCACAUUUCCGUGUCAGAUGUCUCAGACGAUGUGCGCCGAGCUGCAGUCAUGGCGUUAGGCUUUGUGAUGUGCAACGUGCCAGAGCAACUUCCUGGUGUAGUGAAGUUACUAGCAGAGAGCUACAAUCCACACGUACGCUAUGCCGCAGCUAUGGCACUUGGAAUUGCUUGUGCUGGCACAGCACUGCUUGAGGCGCACAAUCUUCUGCAGCCACUCAUGUCUGAUCCUUCGGACUUUGUCAGGCAAGGAGCUAUCAUUGCCAUGGGCUUGCUCUACAUGCAGACUUCUCCGGGAAAGACGGAGCGUGUGAAGGAAUUCAGGGACAAGCUGCAGAAAGUCAUUGGAGACAAGCACGAGGAUGUCAUGACUCGCUUUGGAGCGAUUCUGGCCCAUGGAAUCAUGGAUGCUGGUGGGCGAAAUUCCUGCGCAUCACUCUUCUCCAAGUCCGGGGUGCUGCGCCGUGGUGCGGCCAUCGGAUUCUGUUUGUUCACGCAGAUGUGGUACUGGUUCCCUCUGAUCCACAUGUUCUCGCUCACCUUGACACCAACAGCAUUGAUUGGCAUCACGGAUAAGCUGAAGAUUCCCAAGAACUUUUCAGUCAAAAGCGGGGCACGGCCUUCAAUUUUUGCGUAUCCUGAGCCCUUGCAGCCUCCAAAGAAGGAGGAGACCGCCAAAGCGGCCACUGCGGUGCUCUCGACCGCUGCCAAAGCAAAGCAGUUGAAGGAAAAGAAGGAGAAGGAGGCCAAUGAGCUCAAGAAGGCCUCUUCCAGUGCUGACGUGGACAUGGAUGACAAGGCCUCGAUUGGUGGCUCGGUCGCUGAAGGCGCAGCCAGUUCAGUGCGAGGAGCCGACAUCGUCUCGGUGGCAGCUACACCUGGCACCACAGUGGUGGGCUCUGCGGCCACCGAGUCGGUGGCGGCCAGCGACCUGGGGAGCGAGAUGAUGGAGGUUGAUGAGCAGGCCGUGGCAACAGAGAAGGUGAAGGAACCCAAGAUUGAAGAGAAUAAGGCUGAGGCCGCUCCAGAGCAGAAGGAGGAGAAGAAGGAAGAGAAGAAAGAAGAACCUGAGCCCACUGAAGAAAUCCUCAGCAAUCCGUGCCGAGUACUAAAAGGGCAGGUGCAGUACAUCUCUUUUCCCAAGGAGAUUGACGGCCAGCCAGUGCGGUAUACGCCUCUCCUGGAAAGCAGGAAGCAAGGCUUCCUUUUGCUUCGAGACCUUCGGCCAGAGGAGCCAGAGGACCUGGUUUUGGAGAAUGAGAAGAAGGAAGAAACCGAGGAGAAAAAGGAAGAGAGCGAGAAGGCCUUGUCAUUGAAUGGUGACAGGCGACGCUGUGCGGCGCCUGGCGGUUUUGCGUUCGAUUCCAAGGCGCAUCCCUUCAAGAUUUCUCCGGGCAUGACGGUAGUUGACCUCAUGGAUGAGAUGGAAUUAGAGUACGAGAAAGCUAGCGGGGAGACUUUGGAGCUUCAGAUCAAUGUCCUCUGGAACACGAAGGACCCCAAGAAAGCUUUGAAUCCCACGGAGAAGGUCAGCCAGCAUUUUGCUGAUGGCGAGACUUUUGGAGUCUAUGGUGAGAUUAUCACAGCACAGGCGGCAAGGCCCGAAAAAGCCGAGGAAGAUAAGAUUCCAGUGACAAUACUCACAGGCUUUCUGGGUGCUGGAAAGACCACGCUUUUGAAUUACAUUCUCCAGGAGCAGAAAGAAAAAAAGAUCGCAAUUAUUGAGAACGAAUUCGGUGAGGUCUCAAUCGAUGAUUCACUGCUGAAGCAGGAAAAGCUUGCAUUGGCAGAGAAGGACGCUUCGUUGUGUUCCGCUCCAUCCACUCGGCUACCGGAGUCGGAUGGAAGCCUCACACGCUUGAGCACUUCCUUGAGUUCUUACAGUGUCUCGAGCCUCGAUGAGGAGGUGAAAGCGAUGGCCUUGCUGGAGCGCACGAGGAUGAGCUUUGUCGAGCGAAAUCCUCAAGCGGCCAAUGGUCCUGAAAUGGACUGGGCCAACGACGACACGGCAAGGCGCAUGUGGACUGCAUGUGAAGGCAAUCAACGCAGAGCUGACAAAGCCUUUUUGCAGGCCAUGGAGAUUCGCUUGCGUGACCGUCCGCUGUACCACUCGCUCCACUUCGAGAAGCGAUGUGAUAUGCGCAUUAUUGGAUAUGACAAAGAGAAUCGCCCUGUGCUUUACUUCUGCGCUUUGAGCCAGAAAGAUUGGUUGUCGUGUAUCAAGGAUCAGUUCCUUGCUACGUUUGAGGCUGCAAGAAGGAUGUCAACCACAGAUGGUCGGCUCGUGUGCAUUGUGGACAUGCACGGGCUUCAAGCACGCCUCAACGCAGACUACACUGCAGUCAAGGACUUAGCCGAUUCGAUGGGUUGCGUCUUCGCGGAGCGAAUGGAUCGCAUCAUCAUCGUGGACUUCUCCACUGCUGCCCAGACCAUCUGGUGGAUGCUGAAGCCAUUUCUCAGCGAAGUCACACAACGGAAAUUCAGCUUUGUGAGUCUCAGGAAAGGCAAAGACCUCGUUCGGCGUGAGCUGGAUGAGGCGACAGCGAAAGAUGUGAUCAGAAGCUUCGAGGUGAAUCGUUCAGAUCUUUCCGAUCAUGAACGAGCACAACACAAUGACCAGACUACAGUCCCGUUCCCCAACUGA